UACAGCGCCACAAAGGCGGAGGGAGAGAGGGAGGGAGGCGGGGCUCGGUGGAGCUCGGGGUCAAUGUCACCUGCAGCAUCCAUCGCUGCUGCUGCAGGUCCUGGCCCAGGCUCGGACGAGCUUUCAAGAACCGAGGCGCGCCUGGUGCACUCUGCCAUACAUUUCCCCUUCUUGUUCCCGCAGGCACGCACGCAGGCCGGAGGAAUGUCACCACGGUUGCGAGAUCGCAUUGCCUAUUUCUAGCGCGAGCUGGUUAGUUCGUUCCGCUUGUACAAGGCGAUAUACGCCCUGGAAUUCCGUGAAUUGGUGCGGAUGGUAGCUGAACAUGCAGGAGCUUUACUCGUUCUUUCGAGAGACCCGGGAUUUUGAGGCGGGUGCUACUUGUUCCGCUUUGUUCGAGAUGCAAUUAUGGGUUUUCCGUCUAGCUCUCAUCUAUCCGCCGGCGUCAGGUGAUGCGUGAAUGGCUUUUUCGAUUUGAUGUGCGCGGACGCUGCAAUUUUAGUGCUUUUCUGAAGCGCAUCAGCUGACGUUCAUCAUGGCCAAGAAGUUGUGGGGCGGUCCAAUUGGCCCGAAGCGUCGUUCGGGCCUCCCGUCCCCUGCCAGUUUGAGGAGUUUGUCCAGUGGGUUGCUGCCUGGACUGGGAGCAAACCAAAAAGAGCGUCAAACUCGGCUUGCUAGAUUUAUCAUCUCUCCGUACAGUUCGAAGUAUCGGUUAUGGCAGUACUUACUGGUCCCCCUCGUUUUUUACUCCGCUUGGGUAUCGCCUUUCGAGUUCGGUUUUGUCCAGGCCCCUCAACCUCCUCUGUUGGUCAUCGAUUACACCGUGGAUUGUUUCUUCGGAGUCGAUAUUAUUAUCACUUUCUUCGUGGCGUACCUCGACAGAACAACUUAUCUUCUGGUCGAUGAUCGCAAAAAAAUUGCUCUACGAUAUUUGUCGACAUGGCUCGCCCUCGACGUCGCGUCCACUCUACCGUUCACUCUCCUUGCUUUCAUCUUCACUGGGAAAAUUGGACGAGGUUUCACCUACAGUUUAUUGAAUAUGCUGCGCUUGUGGCGACUGCGGCGAGUGGGUUCCCUCUUCGCCAGGAUUGAGAAGGAUGUUCGCUUCAGCUACUUCUGGACGCGCUGUGUGAAAUUCAUUUGCGUUACUUUGCUCGCUGUACAUUGUGCUGGGUGCUUUUAUUAUCUCCUCGCAGCUCGGUAUCCCAAAUCAAAGCAGGAGAACACUUGGUUUGGAUCGCAGCUACCUCACUUUAUGGAGGAGACUGUUACAAAGCGAUAUGUGGCUGCCAUGUAUUGGUCUAUGACAACUCUUACCACUGUAGGAUAUGGUGAUCUUCAUCCAGUCAACACCAGGGAAAUGGUGUAUGAUAUAUUUUACAUGUUGUUCAAUCUUGCGUUGACCUCCUACAUCAUUGGCAACAUGACCAACCUCAUCGUUCACGUCACAGGCCGAACCAGAAACUAUCGCGUUGCUGUUCAAUCCAUCUUAGAAUUCUCUGUCCGGAAUAGGCUGCCAGCAGCUUUACAAGAGCAAAUGCUUGCACAUAUGCGGCUCAAAUUCAAGACUGAGAAUCUUCAUCAGCAACAGAUCAUGACGAAUUUGCCGAAGUCCAUUCGUGCCAACAUCACUCAGUAUUUGUUUCUGCCCACAGUCGCAAACGUGUAUCUUUUUCAGGGAACCUCAAUAGACUUCCUUCAUCAAGUGGUCACAGAAAUGAAGGCCGAGUAUUAUCCACCGAAUGAAGAGAUUAUCAUUCACAACGAGUCUCCUUCGGAAUUUUACAUCGUCGUUUCGGGAGGUGUGGAAGUUCUUAUGGUCAAAGAUGGAAAUCAGGAGGUUUUAGCCAAGUUGGAAGAUGGAGAUCUUGUGGGUGAGAUAGGUGUUCUCUGUUACAUCCCGCAACCGUUCACUGUACGGACCUUGAAAUUAACACAGUUGCUGCGUCUAGAUCGAGUGAAAUUUAUCAGCAUCGUUCAGUCUAAUAUCGAAGAUGGCCAGAAGGUUAUUGACAACAUGCUCCAGCACUUAAAAGAUGCCUCAGACAAGCGCUAUGGAGGGAUGGCGGAGGAGAUAGAAGCGUUGCUGGCACAGGGGAGGGCGGAAAUUGCAUUGAGUCUGCAUUAUAUUGCGAGACAGGGUAACUUGCAGCUUUUGGAACAUCAGCUGAGUCUUGGAGAGGAUCCAAAUAAGAGGGAUCACAAGGGUCGGACCCCUCUGCAUGAGGCAGCCGCGAAGGGUUUUGAAGAGUGCGUACGUCUUCUUCUCGAGCAUGGUUCCGAACCUAAUUAUCGAGAUAAUGAGGGAACCAUUCCUUUGGCAGAGGCAAUCAACGGUAGUCACGAGUUUACAGCUGCCCUUUUGUUUGAAAACGGAGCUCGGUUAACUCCCGAAAGCAAUACUGGGAAGUUUUUCUGUACGGCUGCAUCAGAGGGAAACGUGACGGUUUUGCAGGAAUUCUUGGAUUAUGGCGUCGACGUGAACGUUCUCAACCCUGAGGGUUUGACUGCUCUGCAUUUGGCUGUGGGUCAAAAUCAAAGACAAACAGUCGAAUUCCUUCUGUCAAAAGGAGCUGAUCCGAAGAUUCCUGAUACUCAGGGUGUCACUCCCUUAGCUCUUGCACAGCAAGAACAGCUCACUGAGAUUGAGAACCUUAUUGAGGCAGCCGCUGUCGCGGACACAGUCAAUGAGGGUGAGAACAAAGUUAAGGACGCCGGUUGGAGACCUAACUCGACUAUAGAAAAGUCGAAGUGGAAGUCAAAGUUUGAAACCGAUAGAAGUGUGUUCAAAUCAGGAUUGAACAAAAAUAUGAACAAUGUGCAGACGAGAGAUAGAGUAAGCGGAUUUAAUUCUAUUCUGCACUUGAUUUCAAAGCCCCCUCCUACCAAAGAGCAGCAGGGACUUCUCUCCACGACAGGAAUAGUAAAAGCUCCGUGGAAAAAAAGGAUCACAAUUUAUCAGUAUCAUCCUCAGAGCAGAAGAGCAAGGACACAAUUAGGCAAGCUGGUAUUACUGCCUGAUUCAAUCGAUGAGCUUUUACGUCUUGCCAGCACACAGUUUCACCAUCAGCCGAAGAGAAUUCUUACCGAAUACGGGGCUGAAGUCGAUGAUAUACGCGCAAUACGAGACAACGACCACCUUUUUAUUAUAGCUGAGGAAGAGGGCAGUGAUGAUCAUGAAGAGCUCCAGCAAGCUCCUGAAGUCCCUCAAGCUUCGACUGAGUUGUCAGAGCUCAUCUCUCAGUUGCAAACUGCGCUUUCCACCCUAAAUAGGGAAAAUCGAGGGUUUUAAGCAGAUAACAUCAUGGUCUGCAGAGGCAUUCUGGAGGCAUGUACAAAUAUUUCAACAUGACAACCCACCAGCACAUUUAACUCCACCCUAAUGGGACUUGGGCUUUCUCGGGAAGGGCCCAGUAUGAGAGAAAUGGGGAAAUUCAUACUUGUUCCCUUACUGGGCGAUUCUCCCUGAUUCUUUGUGGCGAUUAUCGAUUGUGGGUGACAGACUUGCUCACACGUCAACGGUGUCAAUUAUUCAGGUGCUGAACUAAAUGACUGCUACGUGGAUCAGCAGCUCGAUUACACGGAGUUGAGUACGGAGGUAGUGUCCUGUAUGCGUUAUAGACAGUCUUUACAGUUCAUCUAUGCAGGUCAAGAGAAGUAUCGUCCAUAUAUAUGUCAAUUGUUUGCGCCUAUAUUUUUUGCCUUCAUCUUAAGGUGUUGAACUGUAUCCGCAAUAGCCUUCACGGUCUACAAGAGGGUCGCGGCUGUCAAGGCAGCAACGGACUGUACGAAGUCCUAAUCUACACCGGAACUAAAGCAAGAAAGGCAGAUUGUUUGUUCUUUUACAUCAUAACUGAGAAGAAACCUAUACAGGUGUUUUUGUGUCAUUCGCGAUCCGCUGUUUUUGUCGAUUGCUUGUUUCUCAAUUAUCUGCGCGGAAACGUCGUGCCUUCUUUGUCUCCUCUUGGUCUGA